AAUGUUAAUCAACGCACCGCGCGCUCCACGGCCGAACGUAUAUGAGCUCCGUUGUCGAGUGAUACAACCUUAUUUACUUAUUUUUGUAUCUUUUUAGAUGUUUUUGAAUCCGUGAAUCCGUCUUGAUUUCGCGGCAUGAUAAUAAGUGUUUCUAUCAGUGUUAUCGGCGAUGUAAACAUAUGAUUCGAUUGGUGAAUGCGGGAGCUGGUUUUGCAAGAUGUAUGAGUAACCAAUGACCGCAUCGCAGGGCAUCCCUGCGCAACAGGGUCGCGGGGGGGGGGCUCCAACAUGGCCCGCCGGAGAGGAAUAACUACAAAUAUCCAUAACACAAGUAGUGCCAUUAAUGACACGGAUGAAGAUGCAAAGCAGCCAUUUCAAAGUAGUUGGGGUCAACAGUCAAAUGCUGGUACAAAAGGAACACGCACGAUGCCGCUUACUCAAGAAAAACGUUUGGACAGCAAUUUCAGCAACAACAAUGACCAAAAUUACCUUCAUAAGAAAUUCAAGAAAAUGGCAUCUACGAUAUCCUUGUCCCCAUCGAGCACCUCUAAAGAUAACGAGACGGCUAUCAAAGAUACGCAUAUUAUAAAAAUAGAUAGCAACACAUCUAUCUCACAUGGAAGCAUAGCCGCAUCUCACCCGGAGAUAGAAAAAAUUAAAGACCGACCAGAUUAUAACACUGUUACAUACAGAGAAGCGGAGAGAAAUGUACAAACUACUUUUAAUGACAACAACGUUAGGUUAAGUGAUGUAAAUAAUUUUGAUCAAAUAUCUGGUAAAACCAGUUUUUCAAAUGAAUUUUCUAAUAAGACUGAAAACCUUGAUAACGAUUUUAGUAAAGACGUUCAGAAUGGCACAAAUGGACGCUACGUGUGUCCAUACUGCAAAUUAUCAUGUGCCAAGCCAUCAGUUCUACAAAAACAUAUCAGAGCCCACACUAACGAGAGACCUUAUCCUUGUGUACCUUGUGGAUUUGCGUUUAAAACCAAAUCAAAUUUGUAUAAGCAUCGGCGGUCGAGAACACACGCCCUAAGAUUGCAGGGAGCAGACGUGUCGGUAACUAAUGAGGACGAGCUGUCGGCGGGGUCGGAGAGCGACACGUCGCUGCCGGCCACGUCGGCGUCGGACGCGGGCUCGGACGCGUCGGCCGCGCGCGCCGAGCCCGCCCGCCCCAGCGAGUCCUCCUCGCCGGACCUCGCCAGCGACCGCGGCACGCCGCCCACCACCGGCUAUCCCCUUUCUACCGAUAAUGCCAAAUUCAAGACAAUUUACAAACCUAAAUUUAGAGCUGCAUUUUAUCAAGAUACUGACGACAAGGAAAAGUACAAGAAAAACUUUUCUCACAAUGCAGACUUCUUAAAUGAACAUAUCUCCAAAAUUAUAUCUGACAACGAAGCUAUAGUGGACGUUAUUGAAACACCAUUACAGAAGAAAUAUGGGAAAAUAAAACAAAUAGCUGAAAGUAAACAGUUGCAUCAAAUUUCGGAAAGUAACGACGUUAAAUUUGAACCGUCUCCUUUAAAUUUAACAAAGACAGCAAGCGACAGCGAGAGCUCUUUCAGGAAAAGAUCGCAUUCUGAAACGUUUUCACAGAUAGAUUUUCAGAAACACCCAUUAAAUCCUGAAGGUUCAAUUAUAAAAGACCUAUUGCUAAAAACUAAAAUCAAUGGUUUAUCUCCUGUGACUAAUGAAAUGAUUGAUGGGUUAGCACCCUUAUAUGUAUGCCCUCUUUGUCAAAUACCUUACAGAAGCGCAGAUAAUUUAGAGAUCCACCGUAUGUACUAUUGUAAAGGCAGCAGUAACAUAUCGUCCCAAAAAGAAGUUAAGGGCAGACCAGAAAAUGUGUUUAUGAGAAGCAACUCUGUAAAUGUGCGACUGCCUGAAACUCCGACAAAUUCCUCCACAAGAAAUAGUACUCCUACGAGGUCGCCUCCAUUAAGAAACAAUAAACCUGAUAAUUUAGUAAUAGUAAAGCCUGAAUGCAAUGAUGUGAUGCCGCCCCUGCCAUCCCCAGGUCCAUUACUGGGUAACACGAGGCUUGUAGAUACAAGAGUGUCUUCGGACUUUUCCAGACGAUCGGAUAUAAAAUCUGCCGCUAGUCCAAAAAGAAGAAUCGACAGCCGUUCCGACACAAGCAGUCCUAGAAUGUUGGACAACAUGUCACCACGCUCUACAGAUUCAUAUGCCUACAAUAAAAUGAGGUGCCUUGAGCAGAAUCAUGUGACACUUAGGUCUAUUGAGGACCUACAGCAAAUGAAUAUGAAGUCGAACUCUUCCCUACAAAUGUUUGGAGGGGAAGUGAAAAUAGUUGAUCGUUCUGGCAGUACGACUACGCUACGUAUAGAGCCAAGUAAAAAUCAGUUAUCUCCAGUAUUGUUUCAACAGAAUUUAUCACCAACUAAACACGUGAGCGACGCAGAAGCAAGCAUAGUCGUGAGAUCAGGCCUUCACUCCGGGGGCACCAUUGUGCACAACCCUCCUACGCCUAAAAAUAUCAUGAGCACUUCACACGUGCAGACGCCAAGGAUUACUAUACAAACAACUGCGCCUAGUCUUCAAAGUGCAAACAUGUCGAACAUGCAUGAUAUGCCACAUUUUCAAUUUCCUCCUCUGAGUGCCAUAACAGCGUUUAAUCCAUUAACGCUGCCACCCCUUAGUCCUUCUACUUCUAGUGGAACCACGUCUAUAUUACACGCAGGAAAAAUAAUCCCCCACGUGCCGGGAAUACCUGGGCCAAAUACACCAGCUGUAUACGUGCAGAGUUCUAUGCAAACAAAGAAUGUUCCUCAUAAUGAAAUACACAUUAGUCCUCUGGACACCACCGAUUCAAAACACGGAAAUUUAUUACUGAAGUAUGAAAUCAUACGAAAUAUGAGAAGUCCUAAUCAAAGGGUUUCUCAAAUUGAUGUCGAUAAAUACAAUUCUAACGCCAAUAGCGGGGGUCACUCAAUGAACUUUGACCGGAAGCCGAUACUACCACUCAUAAAAGUAAAAAAUGUCGAUGAAGCUCCAUCACAGCCACCAAAAAUAACAACAAAUACUACGAAGCCAAACAAUUUAAGAAAUGAAGGGCCAGUGAAGAGAAGUUUUGAUGGAGUGCCUAGAACACCCACUUUCAAAGAGACUGCAAAUCAUGCUCCAACUAAGUCAAGGUCUGGAGAUAAACUCCCUUAUAACAAAUCACUAGAAAUUAAAACGCCUGAACAAGAGAUACGUAAUUUCAACUUUGAAAAUCUGAUAACAAAAGCGGAAAUAUAUAAUAAUCAAAUACCGAGCUCAUCUGAAGUUCAAAAGAACGCGGACAUGCAAGAUACACCGACGUCGCUGAAUGAGCGGUCAGAAACUUCAUAUUUCCAAAAGAAUGUGAACGUUAAGACUUCAACGGACGAAAGGAAGCCGAAAUUUCUAAGGCCUUCUACGUUGCCUCUGAAGCCGGGAACCUUCACCCCCAAGAAGCACCACGGCAUCACGCCCAACGCAAACACGAUGCCACUAGUGUCACCGGAGACGCCUCGACCCUCUAAAGCGUACGGACAGCUGUACUUAAAUGGAAACGCUUACACAUAUCUUGGACUCAAAUGUUCGACUAAAGUUUUUUACUGCACUAUAAAUCGACCACAGCCUACUUACGUACCAAACCAGCACUUCUUGUCCAUGUACAGUAAUUGGCAGUUGUUCUCCGAGAUGACUCCGGAUCCCCUGGGUCUUUCGACGUCGUCAGCCAUGUCCCUGUAUGACUCCCGCCACCGGCCGCAGGGCACAGUCGUGGCCAAGAUCAAGCAGGACUUCAUACUGACACAUUCGUCGCAGUGGAUGAAACAUUCAAAGGAUAGCAAACUGGCACUACAAUCGCUCGAAAGCAAACGUCAAGAGGAGAACAAGUUGCAAAGCGAUGGCACACUAGCUCCUAAGAAGGAGUUGGCGGGAGGGUUCGAGAGCAACGAGGAGUACACGUACAUCCGCGGGCGCGGGCGCGGCCGCUACGUGUGCUCCGAGUGCGGCAUCCGCUGCAAGAAGCCGUCCAUGCUCAAGAAGCACAUUCGCACGCACACCGACGUCAGGCCCUAUACGUGCACGCAUUGCCAGUUCAGCUUUAAGACGAAGGGUAACCUCACGAAGCACAUGAAGAGUAAGGCGCACUACAAGAAGUGCUGCGAGCUGGGCGUGAGUCCGGGCGAGGGCGCGGACGGGGACAGCGGCGACGCGGCGCCGGGCUCGGGCGAGGAGGACGAUGAGACUGACUCGGACGGAGACGAGGGCAAUGAGGGAGAGACCGAGUCGAGCGACACGGAGGCGUGCAAGUCCCGUCUGCCGGAGCACGAGGCCGCGGCGUGCUUGCUGUCGCUGGGCGCGUCGCGGCCGGCGCCGGCGCGCGGGCUGCUGUCCUCCGCGCGCCCCUCCACCUACCCCUACUCGCCCGCCAGCGAGCCGCCGCCCGAGCCGUCGCACGAGCCCAUGGACCUCAGCAGGACCAUCGACCCGCCCCGCACCCCCGCGCCCAUCCCCACCGCGCGCGAGUCCAGCGUGCUCGCCUGCCUCGCCUCCAACACCGCCAAGCUGCCGCAGCCCACCGCGCACUGGUCCAACGGCGAGCCCAUGCUGCACGCCUACCUCACGGAGAGAGCGCUCCUCGACACCAAAAUCAAGCAGAGCCAGUUCACCAGCACGCUGUGCAAACGGAAAACUGAAUCUGAUAAGCCACAGUUUGUGGAGGAGAAAAAAGUGUCAACUUUUGUCAGUUGCUCGACUGCAACCACGGUGAAGGAAGACUCGUUUCCAGUAACAACUGCUUCUGUGUCGAAGGCGAAUGUGGAAGUGCCCAAAACGGCGACCACUAGUAACAAUGCAAUUAACCCCAUACCCAAAGAAGAAGUUAAAGCGCCAGUUGUUUCGACUACUGAAUCCGCGGUGCCGCAAACUAGCUCUACGGGUAAUACUAGCACCAGUAGUGUGCAUAGCGAAAUUAAAAAGAAUCGUUCCGAAGGGAACGCGGAAAAUGCUAAAUUCGUUGUGUCCGAGUACUUGAAACAUUCAAGAGUUAACUCUAACACCGAAAAUACCCAACCACAAAAUGAGUUUCCUCGUGAGUCCAAUGCGAAAAAUCCAGGAAACACACCAUCCGAAAGUCAAAAUGACGAAGCUAAAGGAGAAGACAUAGGCGUGAAAAUGCCAGUCAUGGACCACGACCCCGUGGCGAGGAAGGUGGUGAUCGGGGCCGGCGGCGUCGCGUUCAAGGUGACCAAGGGCAAGGAGUUCGACAACAUGGGGUCGUACUCGCCGGGCCGGCUCAUGGAGGACGGGCGGCGCGUGUGCGACUUCUGCAACAAGUCGUUCACGAAGCCGUCGCAGCUGCGCCUGCACCUCAACAUCCACUACAUGGAGCGGCCCUUCCGCUGCGGCGCGUGCGCCGUGAGCUUCCGCACGCGCGGCCACCUGCAGAAGCACGAGCGCUCCGGCUCGCACCACAACAAGGUGUCCAUGACCACCACGUUCGGCGCCGCCACGUCGCUCAACCCGCGCCCCUUCCGCUGCUCCGACUGCAACAUCGCGUUCCGCAUCCACGGCCACCUCGCCAAGCACCUGCGCAGCAAGAUGCACGUUAUGCGGCUCGAGUGCCUCUUCAAGCUGCCGUUCGGCACGUUCACGGAGAUCGAGCGCGCGGGCGUGAGCCUCACGGACAUCGACACGACGGACUGCGCGAGCUCGCUGGCGAGCCUGCAGGUGCUGGCGCGCAAGCUGCACGACAUGGACCCCAGCCGCCUGGAGUACCGCUCGCCCCCCCCGGGCGCGCCGCCGCCGCCCGACGACAGCGACGACGGGGCCGCCAGCGACACGCCCUCCGACACCGCGCUCAGGACUACUCAAAACUGUGACAGUUUCGACAAGGAGACGAGAGUUAUUUAUAGUGCCACAGAUAAUUAGUGCCAAAAUUAUAUUAAGUAGAAUAUUUAAUGUGCAAUUUUUUUUGUUUCGUUACGUGAUUUGUGAAUUCAUACUGGGUCGGACCUGGCUAUGUGUGAAAACAAAUUAAUGCGCUAUGCGCGAAUAAGAUUUAUAUUUGAAAAUAAUUAUGAAAGAUCUUGUAUAUAACUUUAAAGUUUCGACUCAAGAUUCAAUGUUGUUAAAUUGCUUCCAAUGUAAGGCUUAUGUAUGGUAUUAGUUAAAACUAUUUGUAACUUUAAAACAUGUAAGUGUACAAAAGAUAUGUAUGAACAUAAUGGAACAAGUAGUAUGGGAAUUACUAUUCAAACGAGUAAUAUCAUUAAAUUACAGUACAGUUAUUGUGCGGUCCAUGUUUAGACCAAAAGAAAAUUUAAUAUCACUCUUGACAUAUUACAAUUUAACAUAAUCAAGAAAUAUUGUCUUGAAAUGUAUUGUAAUUACCUUUUGUAUAUAUUUUUAUACAGUAUAAUUAUACUACUACUCCUACAUUUACAAUAAGUAUACUUCCAAUGUUCUUUAUCUCGAAAAACAUUAUUGGCAUAUCAACUUCCAUAGACGAAACUUAGAAUUAUUACAACCCCUUAAGUCUUCCAUAUCAAAAAUAGUUCUUGUGCUAGCUAUUUUAUCUUGUUUAAGAAUAUGUACUUGUAACUGAAGGGGUGAAUAUUUGAUAAGUAUUAAAAUUAAUGUUAUGUAUCAACAUUCUAUUUUAGUCCCAUUGUAUUAAGAAUUAAGAAGAUAUUUUUGUAAAAUUAUCUUUUUUACAUGAUAGGUGGUGAGGUUGAUUUAAAUAACAUUAGUAUCCAGAAAGGUAGCAUUCACUCUUGCAUAACAUACCUGUAUCAGUGUAAAGUUUGUGAAGAUGUGUAAUUAAUUAAUAUUAUGGGUAUCUAUGUAUAAUAUGCUUACUUUUUUGUUGAUUGCUAUACUUUAAUCAUGUUUAUAAUAAAUAGGUGUUGUUAUUGUUAAAAUUUAAUGUAUAAAUGAAACAAGCUUGUCAAAUAUUCGCCCACUUAUUGUUUAUUAUACAUUUUAUGGAUGGAUAUUUUAUAAGUAAGAUUAUUAAAACGAAUAUAAAUCCAUA